AUGAGGGAGGAGCAAAUAGAGAAGCUCCGGGGCGUGGUCCGCGACUGCGUGAGCAAGCACUUGUACUCGUCGGCGAUCUUCUUUGCCGACAAGGUGGCGGCGGUCACGGCGGACCCCGCCGACAUUUACAUGCAGGCGCAGGCUCUAUACCUCGGCCGUCACUACCGCCGUGCCUUCCAUCUCCUAAAUGCCUCCCAGAUUGUCCUCCGCGACCUCCGCUUCCGCUACCUUGCAGCUAAAUGCCUAGAAGAAUUAAAGGAGUGGGAUCAAUGCCUAUUAAUGCUUGGUGAUGCAAAAGUGGAUGAAAAUGGUAACAUUGCAGACACAAAGGAUUUCAAUAGUAUGUGCCUCGAUAAAGAUGGUGAAGAUCGUGAAAUCAAUAUUAUAUCAGCAAUAUGCUUUCUGAGAGGCAAGGCAUACGAGGCCCUGGAAAAUCGUUCACAGGCUCGGUUAUGGUACAAAGCUGCGAUUCGAGCAGAUCCUUUGUGUUAUGAGGCCUUGGAAUGUCUAAUGGAAGGUCACAUGCUUACUUGCGAAGAAGAGGCCAAUCUACUAUCAACAUUGCAAUUUGGUGCAGAAGAUGGAUGGCUUUCUUCAUUUUAUUCAUGCUUGAUAAAGAAAUAUGAUAAAGAAAAUAUUGUUGAAGACAAGUUUAAGGAGCUCGAGCUGGAAGAUUCUGAUACAAAGACUUCUGGAAAAUCAUUAUGUUCACUGAAGAACAACACUGAUCUCUUAGCCUGCAAAGCUGAGUACUACCAUCAGUGUGGUGAAUACCAGAAAUGUUUUGAACUAACUUCAGUAUUGCUCGAGAAAGACCCUUUCCACCUAAAGUGCACUUUGGUGCAUUUAGCUGCAGCCAUGGAGCUUGGACAUUCGAAUGAACUCUAUCUAAUGGCAUGCAAUUUAGUCAAGGAUUAUCCACAGAAAGCACUGUCAUGGUUUGCUGUGGGCUGCUACUAUUACUGCAUAAAAAAGUUCGACCAAUCACGUCGAUAUUUCAGCAAGGCAACAAGUUUAGAUGGAACGUUUGCUCCAGGCUGGAUUGGCUCUGGGAAUGCAUACGCAGCUCAAGAAGAAGGAGAUCAAGCCAUGUCGGCUUACCGUACUGCUGCUCGAUUAUUUCCUGGAUGCCAUUUGCCAACUCUAUACAUUGGGAUGGAAUAUAUGCGAACCCAUAGCUUCAAACUUGCUGAGCAGUUUUUCAUGCAGGCUCAAGCUGUAUGUCCUUCAGAUCCACUUGUGUAUAAUGAGCUUGGAGUUGUGGCUUAUCACAUGAAAGAGUAUAAGAAGGCUGUUUGGUGGUUCGAGAAGACAUUAGCUCACGUACCCUCCUCUUUAACUGAGAUGUGGGAACCAACUGUAGUCAACCUUGCUCACGCAUUGAGAAAACUAAAGAGGUACAAUGAGGCAAUCAUAUACUAUGAGAAAGCACUGGCUUUAUCAACUACAAGCUUGAGCACAUAUGCAGGUCUUGCAUACACAUAUCAUUUGCAGGGGAAUUAUACAGCUGCAAUUACACACUAUCACAAGGCUUUAUGGAUCAAAGCAGACGAUCAAUUUUGUACAGAAAUGCUGACAUGGGCUCUUGAAGAUGAAUGCCGUAAUGGCGUGAUCCCCAAAGUAGAGUCAGUUAGAAGCCAGUUAUUUACAUAA